UCGCGCGCGUCCCGGGAGCGCCUCCUUUCUCCCUGCGGCCGCUUCGGGCUCGGUAAGCCGUCCCUUCCCUCCGGCCGGCAGGCUGGGCGCGCAGGGGCGCCGGCCCCCGCCGGGCGCGCAGUGGCACCAUGGGCACAGUGCUGUCCCUGUCCCCCAGCUAUCGGAAGGCCACGCUGUUUGAGGAUGGCGCGGCCACGGUGGGCCACUACACGGCCGUGCAGAACAGCAAGAACGCCAAGGACAAGAACCUGAAGCGGCACUCCAUCAUCUCGGUGCUGCCCUGGAAGAGGAUCGUGGCAGUGUCAGCCAAGAAGAAGAACUCCAAGAAGGCGCAGCCCAACAGCAGCUACCAGAGCAACAUCGCGCACCUCAACAAUGAGAACCUGAAGAAGUCGCUGUCGUGCGCCAACCUGUCCACAUUCGCCCAGCCCCCGCCGGCCCAGCCGCCCGCACCCCCAGCCAGCCAGCUCUCCGGCUCCCAGACUGGGGUCUCCUCUUCCGUCAAGAAGGCCCCGCACCCUGCCAUCACCUCUGCAGGGACACCCAAACGGGUCAUCGUCCAGGCGUCCACGAGUGAGCUGCUACGCUGCCUGGGCGAGUUUCUCUGCCGCCGGUGCUACCGCCUGAAGCACUUGUCCCCCACGGACCCCGUGCUCUGGCUGCGCAGCGUGGACCGCUCGCUGCUUCUGCAGGGCUGGCAGGACCAGGGUUUCAUCACACCGGCCAACGUGGUCUUCCUCUACAUGCUCUGCAGGGAUGUUAUCUCCUCGGAGGUGGGCUCGGACCACGAGCUCCAGGCCGUCCUGCUGACCUGCCUGUACCUCUCCUACUCCUACAUGGGCAAUGAAAUCUCCUACCCGCUCAAGCCCUUCCUAGUGGAGAGCUGCAAGGAAGCCUUUUGGGACCGCUGCCUCUCCGUUAUCAACCUCAUGAGCUCCAAGAUGCUGCAGAUCAAUGCUGACCCACACUACUUCACACAGGUGUUCUCCGACUUGAAGAAUGAGAGUGGCCAGGAGGACAAGAAGCGACUCCUCCUGGGGCUCGAUCGGUGAGCCCCUGUCGCCGGUAUCCCGGCUCAAGGAUUCCAUUCGUUUUUAAAAAUUUAUUACUAAACGAAUCAAGUUUUGUGUACAGUAUGUGUCUAGCAAAGCCACCAAGGGCCUCUUCCCAUGUUCUCUCCUUGGGUUUUUUUUUUUCCCCCCCUGGCCCUUUCAAGAACUCUGGGGACUUUCGAACUCAUGAACCUUGUGCAAACCCAGAAGAUGCAUUCAGAGCCACUUAGGCUGCUGACCACUCACUUUCGGGGGCUCGAGGGACUGACUUGCCCGUGUCACCUGUACCCGUGCUGGGUUCAGAGUAGAUGAGGCUUCCCACUGUCCCGUGAUGGGAGCCGCAGUGGGGCUGGUGGCUGUGGCCCAGGAGGAACUGACCCUUCUUUUCUGGCGACUGUUUCAUUCUCCCAAAGGCUCCUGGAGCCAGCUGUCCUGACUCAGGCUCCAGGAGGUUCUCAGUGAGGCAAGCUCUCCACUGCCCUGGGGCCUCAGCGCAGGAGCCUGGAAACGGGUCUGGUGCAAAGAUUGUGGAUGACUGUUGACCGUGCCCGGCCGGCCAGCCGGCCGCCGGCCCUGUGUUGCUGCUGGGCUUUUGGGCUAAGGGCUUCUCUUACUGGCAGGAUGGAGCUUCCCCGCCCUGUCCUUUUGUCUAUGCUCCCGGCUCCCACGUUAGUGUUGGUUAAGGAGGUGGUUUGUUAUUAGAUUCCUCUCUCAUUUUGGGUCCCAGCUAAGGGGGUGAGGAGAAGCUGGAGGUAGCUCCUUUCCUGAGUGAGUUUUUCAUUUGAACCACGCAGCUCUGUCACUCUGCAAAAGCCAGGACAGUGGCAGGUCCCCGUGAGCAAUGCUGGGCAGGUGGGUGUCCAUGCCUGAGAUCAGGUGGGUGCCCACUUAAGUGCUAAGGCCUCUUGCUGGUGAGCAUAUUUGUCCUACAGAGCCGGGGGAAGGUGAGAUCAGUUGAUGGGGUGUCGUGGUCAUGGCGUCUCCCACCCCUACCCCAUUAGUUUAAAGCUGUUUCCAAGCAGUUCGGUUUCUCCCAGAGAUGAAGCUUUGCCCUGUGCAACCUAGCGAGAUGGCUGCAUCUUAGAGACAAUUGCAAGAUUCGAGUGUGACUCCUGAUGGCUUUGGAAGCUUGGUGACUUAUCCAGCUGAACACUUGCAGCUGCUGGGUGUGGUGCCCACCUAUCCCUGGUGGCUGCAAAAUGCACUCUGUGGACUUUACUGGUUUUUCUUUCUAAUUUUCCCAAACUGGUGGCUUGGGGUUUGGAAUUGGUCCAAGAGAAGGGAGUGAGUCUUCCUGUCUGGCCCUCACUCCAGCUUUGGGGAACAAAGAGCAAUGUGAAGAUGCUACGGUGGAUUUCCUCUUCCUGUCCUGUUCCCCAGGGAGCUUUGGGAUUAGGGGCUACAUUAGGGAAAGCAGAGGUUAUCUUACAUAGGAUUAGGUUCUAGGUGGCUGCCAACUUCUUCUGCACAAGCACUACUGAAAAAUCACAUAAAGAGAAAGCUGUGAAACUGAGGUCUCGAUGGGAGAGGCCUGGAGCAGAGCCUUUCAGCCAACGUACUCAGAGGAGGGGAAGAGGACCUGACCCGCCGGGACUGGAGAGCCUCUUCUCAGUCCCUCAGCCAGGUUCCUAGAGAGCGGAUCCUGGGCCCUCACGAUCUGUCUGUCGAGGAGCUGUGCAGCCCUGCAAGGCUUGCUGAGCACAGGCCCAGCUGCAGCCUCUCUGGCCGGCCUGUCUUCAGAUUCCGCUGCCACGGUGACCUACCUGUGCGGGGAGCCCCCUGGGGCAGCUGGCCCCUGGUGUGGCGGAAGAGGAGCUUCACGCAGUCCAGUCUGAGGAGGAAGGGGUGCGUGUCUGGAGCCCGCCCAGCUGCUGAAGCCGGCCUGGAGCUGUUCACAGAGCUGCAGUCACAGGAUUCCAGCUCUCGACUGUUUCCUUCUCUUUGUACUUAAAAAAAAAAAAAAAAAAGUUUGGUUUUUGUUUUUUUUUUUAAAUGUUUGAGGAGGUGCAUAUUUGAGGAGUGGUCGGCGGCUAAGGAAGGAACUCCCUAGUUCCAUUGUGAAGCCCGUGUGUUCUCUUUCCUGCUCUGGCCAUCAGUACUGUGUAAAGGAACCACCGACAGACUUGAGUGUUCGAGCAAUGAACCAUCUGACACGCUGCUAUGAAGACACUUUUAAAACACACACACACACGCACGCGCA